CAUCUCAAGCAUCAUUCGUCUUUUGAGCCUCUUCGGUUUCAAUCCCACACUCGUUCAAUCAACUCUCGCCCAAGUCACUCGCUUUUGACACCAGCUACCUUCCAUUCCUUGCAAAGCAUCUUGCCUUUCGCACUUCUUCCGAAACCCCUUUUCAAAGAAAUCAACCAACAAAACCUUCAAAAUGUACGCCCAGAACGCCGUCGUCCUCGCCCUUGCUGGCUUCGCCGCUGCCCAGACCACCACCACUCCCGGUCCCGUCCCUGUUCCCACCGGCUCUUCCAACGGCACCAUCACCGUCACCAAGGUGUACGACGUCUACACCACCUACUGCCCCGGCCCCACCAGCUUCGUCUUUGGCGGCAAGGACUACGUCGUCACUGAGCCUUGCACUCUGACCAUCACCGACUGCCCCUGCACCGUCGUCGAGACUCACGCUCCUACUUGGAUCCCUCAGCCUCCCCCCGUCGUCCCCGGCUGCCCUGGUGGUGACCACUGCCCUGAGCACCCCGUUCCCUCGAAGCCCGGAAAGCCUGUCCCUGGCCACCCCCACGCUCCCGGAUGUGAGGGUGAUGAGUGCGAGUACCCGGAGCAUCCCGGCAAGCCCGUCACCCCUGAGCAGCCCGGAAAGCCCGUCACUCCUGUCCAGCCCAGCAAGCCUGUUGUCCCUGAGCAGCCCGUCAAGUCUGGAGUUCCUUGUGAAGGCGAUGCCUGCUCCACCACUGGUGACAACACCAAGGGCUCUACUCCCAAGACCAGCGACACUGCUUGUGAGGGUGAUGACUGUGCUCCCGUCAUCGUCAACGGUGCCGGUGCCAUCCAGCUCAGCCUCGGUCUCGCUGCCGUGUUCGCCCUCUUUGCUCUGUAAGCUCUUCAACUCAAGAUAAGCACCAUUGAGCUCCAAGAGCGUGAAGCAGCUGUUCAGAUGGCACGAGAAAAGCAUUUUGCCUGUCUACCGCCUCUGAUUGCAUCUGACGACCAAAACACGCCAUGAUUCAUCACGAGCGCGCAACGACACUUUUUAUUCUUCGAUUCUUUUUUUUCUUCUUCUUCUUCCUCCUAGAGGAGUAAUGAUCAAUUGGUAGUUUCUGUGGGAUUUUCUGCACUCGAAUUUAGACCGUGAAGGAGAGGGGAGCUUCAUUUCACCGGCCUCUCUUCUCACCUUGAGAAGAGGGAGGGAGGAAGAGAGACCAUCUAUUCCGGGGUUUGGGAGUUGUUGAUCUCCUGAGCUGGCUCUCUUUCCUGGUCUUGUUAUCAGGCAAGGGGGUAUGCAAGGGAAGAGGGGGUUUCUGUUUUGGUUUCUUGGUAGAAGGGGAGAUUCGGAAGGCAUUUGCAUUGCUAGGAGAUGAUUUGUAUCGUUCUUGUAGAUACGCAAGGUACCAGACGCAAUUUUAUCAUUAUGCCCUUAAAA